CCGAGGAGUGGCCACUCCCCCUUAUAUAGUCUCCCUGGAACAGUGCAGGUGGAAGUACAUAGAUCUCGGCAUCAUAAUGACAACAAGCGUACAGGAUGGGUCAGCUGCGACAUUUGCCCCGCGGUCAGUCAGCGGUUUCAAGAUUGAACGUGUUGACCACUUCGUCAUCACCGUCGCCGACAUUAACAAGUCCGUGGACUUCUACCAUCGGGUACUUGGCAUGGAGAUCGCUAUAAUCAAAGGUCGUAAAGCGCUCACUUUCGGCCUUUCUAAGAUAGGCCUCCACGAGCGUGGUAAGGAGCUUGAUCCCAAGGCCAGUUGCCCGACUCCGGGGUCGGUUGAUGUCUGUUUCAUCACCAACACGAAGCCGAACCAGGUCAUGGAACAUCUGAAGAACUGCAACGUCACUAUCAUGGAGGGGCCGGUACAGAGGAAUGGCGCCAUUGGACCAAUCACCUCGUUCUACUUCCGAGACCCGGAUGACAACCUGAUCGAAGUGUCCAACUAUCCCGACAAUAUCAAAUCAUAAAGCAGGUGUCAAUAACAUGGGAUGCUGUUAUUGCUGUUACCAUGGUGACGUGCUUAAGAUAUAUACAAGGUGCCUUUCCGAUUGAUUUUAAUCGUGUUGAACCAAAGAAAUAAGCAGUAUUGAAUGAAACAGAUCUUCAUUUGUUAUCGGUUUGUUAGAUCUACAAAUGUUUGUAGUGUGACUGUGAAUGUGUUCUUAUUAACAAGAUUGUGUACGUAUAAGUUUUUCAGCAUCUCAAAGGAAUCGUUGUCUCUGAAAGUUUAUUAAAACGGUUUUCUUGCAUUUCAGUGUUAUUAGUUAAAUCUAACAGCGGUCACUUAAACCACUCAAUGCUAACAGUCUACAGUUGAUACGUAUUGACUUAACUGAAACAUGCAUACUACUAUUAUGCUAAAUGUAGUAUAUUGAUGUAAGCAUCGGUAUGUGAUAUGCAACAAUUUAACAUGGGUGGUAGAUAUUUACCUUUAGUCUUAUUGUGGACCGGCAGUAUGUCGUUGUACAGGCACGUAGGGAGAACUUGUAGAUCAACACUGUAUCGUAAGGAAAACAUAGUUUCUGUAUCAUGGUUGUGUAAUGAGAUGCAUAGAACAGUCCAUUCUUUACGCACAGAACAGUCCAUUCUUUACGCAUGGAACAGUCCAUUCU